CGUACAGGCUUCUUCUUCCGCUCGCCAUCAAUGUUCCAUCUUCGGUCCGGACUCGGCUCCGUUCGCUGUUUUCCGUCGCUACGCCUCCUUACGUAGCCUCUCAGGUUGUCAUGGGCAACUGAGAAAGACGCUUUUCCAGUAGACAACACCGCUUGAAGUAACGGUCCAUAUGACGCGCUCCGUCCGUUGUGUCAAAGCGAAGUGUCGCUAACUGAAAAGGAGAGACAGUAAACCUUACUGAGGGAUCAUGGCGGUGUAUUUUGACCACCGCAUCGAAACCCCUGACAGAAGCAAUCUGCCGUCUCACCUGACCUGGCACGCCACGCUCCCCAUCCUGGCUGUGGCGUCGAGCAGCCCUGCUUCCGGUGGCAGCGUGGAUCUUUAUCUGCAGCAGGGUGAGUGUGUGAAGAGCUGCCAUGUGGACCGGGCCCAGCCGGCCGCCGCGCUGCGCUGGCAUCCCGUAAAGCCGGUUCUGGUUCUGGGCUGGGAGAGCGGGGAGGUGGUGCUGCUCACGCAUCCGUCCGGAGAUCAGACCGUGCUGCCGGCCGUCCACACGGCCCGCAUCACGCUGCUGGAGUGGAGCGGCUCCGGAAGCCGCUUGGUGACCGGAGAUCAGAACGGAGCUCUGGCCGUGUGGAAAUUAGAUGCCAGAGGGCGACUUUUAGGAAAUCACCUCGUCAAGCACGACUACAACAAACCUUUAACCUGCUGCAUUUUCAAGCCUGCCUCUCCUGGGGUCGACGUGGCGAUGUUGGCGCGGGCGUCGGUGAGCGGAGACGAAUCGGCUCUGGACAUGUUCAGCUGGAAGGGGGCGCCUCUGAAGAUGGGCCCUCAGGAGGGACUGGGCUUCUACGUCAGCACCGCCGACGGAAAGGUCCAUGCCGUGGACGAACAGGGCAGAACGAGCCCGCUGCUGAGCGAGGACGGCUCCAUCAGGAAGCUCUUCUACCUGGACAAGAGAGGCGUGCUGGUGGUCGUCACGGACACCCUGAUGCUGUCGCAGUACACACUGAGACCAGAAGGGGGCGCUCACGAGUCCAUGAAGGUGAAGUUGAGCAGCACAGCCGGGCAGAACGUCGACAUCAGCUGGACUGAGAACAGCCUCCUGAUCACAGCGACAGGAGAACCGGUCGUCAAAAUUUGGGACCUGGAGAGAGAUGAGAACUACGUUCUAUCUCUGGACGAAACUCUGGGUUUUAAGAAGGGAGAGAUGAUCAACUGUGUUUCCUACUGCGCAGCCAAAGAGAUCCUGGCAGCUGGAACCUCCAAAGGCCGCAUAGCGAUGUGGAAGACGGCGACACAGCCGAUGAGCAGCAGCAGCAGCUACAGAGCCGACGCUAAAGCCCUGUGGAAGCUGCAGACUCCCACUGAGAUCCACGGAAACGUCACCCAGCUGCAGUGGGGCUCCAAUCAGAACCUGCUGGCCGCCAACAACUCCAGAACGGUUCUGAUCCUCAGUGAGCAUGUGAUGUCGGCGCACUUCGGCCAGCAGGUGGCAGCAGUGCAGCUCGCCCCGACUCAGCUCAGCAUCACGAACUUCAGCAGCGGAGAGACGCUUCCUCUGCAGUGUGACAUGCAUGUCAGAGGAGUGUGCCUUAGCAAGGACUCUGUGACGGUCUGGAACGGGAAACACAUCUCUGUCUAUGAGCUCUCAGGCACGGCUCUGCAUGUUACAGGAUCUUUUCCUUGUGAUUCCCCCAUUGUUGCUGUUCAUGAUGAGAACCUUUACACGGUGGAACCAAGCCGAGUCCAGAUCCGAACACCUCAGGGGACAGUGAAGCAGCUGCUGACCUUCUCCCGGGCCGAGGGGAACCCCGUGCUGCUGGACGUGUGCCAGUCGUACCUGGCAGUAGGAACAGACACGGCGCACAUCAGAGUUUACGACCUCUCCAGACGAGACGCCAAAGCUCACUGCGGCGCUAAGAAUCUGUCCGACCACAUCAGCGGCCUCGGCGCCCUGAGGUCCAUCAAAUGCAACGCCAGCGGCAGCCAAGUUAGCCUGCUAACCUCUCAGGUUAACGGACGACCCGAUCAUAAAGUAUAUUUCUACGACAUUGAGAUGGACACCGUGACGCACUUUGACUUCUUCACCGGCAGACCGUCCUCUGGCGUCUCUGUGCCUGAUGAAAGCGAUAAGCAAAAGUUUCAGGAAAAUGAAAUCAGUGGCCGUUUUCCUGUGUCCCAGUACUGGGAUGAGAGCGAACCUCGACUCUUUGUCUGCGAGACCGCGCCGAUCGCCUCGGAGAAAUCAGCCAACGCUUUCUCAGAUUUGGAGGACGUGUCAGUGGUGACGCUCUUCUGUACGCAGGAACACGGACUCCUGCUCCAGGACUGCUUCUCCAGGCCUUCAGGCCUUCAGGCCCUCCUCGCCCUGGAUGUGCCAUACUACUACUUCACCUGCAAGCUGUUAUUUCGGGGAGAUGGUGUGUUUCUUCCAGAACCAGGUGAGCAGAACCCAGAGGUGUCUCCACCAGAUCAGCCAAUCAGAGCGGCUCCUGCUUCGACCCCCCUCAUGGCAUCCAGGCGACCUCUCAGAGACUUCGUGGGCCUGGAGAAGUGCGAGAAGGGAACGCGGGACGCCAUGUUGAACUUCAGCUUCUACCUGAGCGUGGGCGACAUGGACGAAGCCUUCAAGUCCAUCAAACUCAUCAAAAGUAAAGCGGUGUGGGAAAACAUGGCACGGAUGUGUGUGAAAACCCGCCGGCUGGACGUGGCCCGAAUGUGCCUGGGGAACAUGGGGAACGCCAGGGCAGCGAAAGCCGUGAAGGAGGCGGAGGCUGAGCCCGAACCCGAAGCCCAGGUGGCCAUGUUGGCCAUUCAGCUCGGCAUGCUGGAAGAUGCAGAAAAGCUGUACAAGAGCUGUCAUCGCUAUGACCUGCUGAACGCCUUCUACCAGGCCUCCAGCGAAUGGCAGCGAGCUCUGGAGACGGCCGAGGCUCACGACCGCAUCCACCUGCGCACCACCUACUACAACUACGCCAAGUACCUGGAGUCCAUGGGCCACAAGAACCUGGCGCUUGCUUAUUAUGAGAAAUCAGACACUCACCGAGUCGAGGUUCCCAGAAUGCUGCAGGAUGACACGGCGUCGCUGGAGUUAUACGUCACCAAAGCCAAAGAUAAGAACAUCUACAAGUGGUGGGCCCAAUACCUGGAGAGCCAGUCCAACAUGGAGACAGCGCUGCUGUUCUACGAGCGCGCUCAGGAUUACCUCUCCCUGGUCCGAGUCCACUGCUACCUGGGCAACAUCCCGGAGGCGUCUCAGAUAGCCAACAACACAGGUGACAGAGCAGCAUCGUACCACCUGGCCAGACAUUACGAGGGUCACGACGACAUCAAGCAGGCGGUCCACUUCUACACCCGGGCCCAGGCCUACAACAACGCCAUACGGCUCUGCAAGGAGAACGGUCUGGAUGACCAGCUGAUGAACCUGGCGCUGCUCAGCAACCCGGAGGACAUGAUGGAGGCGGCCUGCCACUACGAGGAGAAGGGCAAACACCUGGACCGGGCCGUGGCGCUCUACCACAAGGCCGGUUACGUCUCCAAAGCGUUGGAGUUGGCGUUCGCCACCGAGCAGUUUGCUGCGCUGCAGCUCAUCGCGGAGGAGCUGAAUGAAAACUCCGACCCUGCGCUCCUCGCUCGCUGCUCCGACUUCUUCGUCCAACAUUCCCAGUAUGAAAAGGCGGUGGAGUUGCUGGCAGCGGCCAAGAAGUAUCCUCAGGCGGUGGAGCUGUGCCUGACCCAUAACCUAACGAUCACCGAGGGCCUGGCUGAGAGGAUGACGGUGACGGACGCCAAGGACCUGACGGAGGAGGCCGGCAAGGCUCUGCUGGAGAAGAUCGCCGACUGCUGCAUGAGUCAGGGCAGCUACCACCUGGCCACCAAGGUGUACACACAGGCCGGCAACAAGCACAGGGCCAUGAAGGCGCUGCUGAAGUCGGGCGACACGGAUAAAAUCGCUUUCUUUGCCAACGUUUCUCGUCAGAAGGAGCUUUUCAUCAUGGCCGCCAACUACUUCCAGUCCCUGGACUGGCGCAAAAACCCAAAGAACCUGAAGCGAAUCAUUGAGUUUUACACUAAAGGCAAGGCGCCGGACCUGCUGGGCGGCUUCUACGAGGCUUGUGCUCAGGUGGAGAUAGAUGAUUACCAGAACUAUGAAAAGGCGCUGGAUGCUUUGAUGGAGGCGUUUAAGUGUCUGUCCAAAGCAAAGGACGGUUCCUCUGGACAGCAGGAAGUGAGGUUAGCCGACCUGCAGCACAAGAUCGUCCUCAUCAAGAAGUUCGUCCACAUACGCAGGCUGCACCCAGAGGACCCGGACGAGGCAGUCAGGUUGUGUGAAGCCCUGCUGGAGGAACCAGAGUUGGACCCCGCCGUCCGGAUCGGAGACGCGUACGGCUUCCUGAUCGAUCAUCACUGUCAGCAGGGACGCCUGCAAACGGCGUACCAGAAGCUGGAGGAGCUGCAGAAGCUGCUGCCGUCUCAGAGCAUCAGGUUCUACAUCAGCCAGGCCAGCCUGGACGCGCUGCAGAAGGAGAUGGGCUUCCCUCUGGAGAGCGGAGACCACAAACACGUCCUGCGGGAGGACGACGAGGUGGAGGAGGACCUGACGGUGUGAGCAGGAGGAGGAGGGAGGAGGAAGAGGACCUGAC